CAAAGCGCCGGAAAUAAUCCCCAAACCAAGGAAACCGGAGGAUACUACCCCAAAACUUCUCGAGGCUCUCGGCGAAGUACACAGAAAGCUUCGGGAUGAGGGUUACGACACGUCAAUCCAUCCACAAGAUCUGGUUAUGCAGAUCAAUUCGGAAUGUGAUCGCCAGGAUAUGGCCGCAGGAACACUCCCUAGAAUGGAUAAACUGCGAUGCUUGUGCAAAACGGUCACUGAAAGUUCCAGGUUUGGAGAGGCUUUGCUCACAGGGUACCUCACGCCCAGCGAGGUAGUAUCUAUGGGCAUGGCUCAGAUGAAGGACAAAAUCGCCGAAUACAAGGCGAUGACAGAGGACUUGUUCAAGUCAGAAACGUGGGCGCAUCACAAGGCCAACAAUUGACGGCCGACGUGACCAUCAAAAGUGAGAAAACGAAAAUGCGACCACCUAUUGCGGAACCUGAAGCUAUAGACCGUAUAGCAAGAAGCAGCAGCACCAGCACCAAAGCCACUC